GGCCUUUCUGGUUGUCUCCAAGACAGUCAAUUGUGAUCACUGUUGCACCUGCAUUUGAUGAAUAUGCUCAAGAGGUAGGCUGGUAAAAUAAUCAAUAAAAGGCAAGGUAUCAGAUCUAUUUGAAGAAAUGCACUUCUGACAGUAGUACACCUGAUGUGACAUUACUUUACAGUUUGAGGUUUAAAAUCUGUUUAAACUUUAAAGUACCAUAUUUAGAAUUCUAGAGUGUGAUAAAAGUUUAUAUCAAGGCUAUUCAAUAAACAAAAAAAAAUUUCUCUCUCUAUAUUCUAGGUGAUGAAGAAAAUUCAUGAUGCUGGCUUCCUUUGUGAACAUGACCUAGAUCAGGGCACUACUAUGAAUAAAAAGAUUCGUAAUGCUCAGCUAAGCCAGUAUAAUUUCAUUUUUGGUCAGUUGUUAAAAAUAAUAUAAUUAUAUAUAUUUAUUUAUAGAUAUUAUGCUCGGUUUCUAAUUUUCCUAUUUACAGGAGCGCAAACAUUAUUAGUAAUAUUUUUCAUAUGGAAAUUUACUCAAUAAUCUUAUCGAGAAUAGUCGGGGGGGGGGGGUGUGUGUGUUAGUGAAUUAUUAAUCUAAUAUAAAAUAUGUAAAGUGUUUUAAAAAAUAUGUUUACUAAUGAAAUUGAAAUACACAUUUUAUUACAUUUUAGUUGUGGGAGAAAAAGAAGUUGCCAACAAAACUGCUAAUGUCCGUACACGUGAUAACAAGAUCCAUGGAGAGCAUAGUAUUGAUCACAUCGUCUCUCGUUUCCAAUACUUUAAUGACUCCAAGGCCAUCGAUGCAGAGGAGAUAUUUUAAAGCUAUUGCACUGUUUUUUGUGUCUAUUUGUGGAUCACAUCUUUGUUGUGUGUGUUUAGAAGUACUAUGCUUUUUUUUUUUUUAAAUGUAUAACACUUUGGUAUAGACAUUUUUCUUUGGUGUAGUAGUGGUACCCAUUCCUUUUUUGUUAUGCGGGUAAUAGAGAACUUCAGUGACUUCAUUUCUUUAACAUUUUAUAAAAUCUAUUUGAAAUGAGAACAAUUGGCCAUAGAUGUAAAAAUAUAUAAUAUAAACUUUAAUCCUUUAAAAAUAAACAAUAUUUAACAUUUAAUGCUAUUUUCAUAACUUCAAAUUUAAUUUCAAGCAUUUCAGCUUCUCAAAGCAAUCAUAUAAAUAUUUUUUAAUGUUAUGUUCAUUACAAAUUAUUUAUCUAUCAUUUUUGUCCCCAUGGAUAAUUCAUAUUGUACGAAGUACAUUUAGUUCUGCAUACAGCCUCAAGUCCAAACAUCUACUUUAUUUCUUUUUUAUAUUAGACUGGUGAGAAAGAUUCUUUAAAUAACAAAGAAAAAUACUAUAAUACUGUACAAUUCAUCAAUUUGAAGUAGUGUUUUAAACAUGUCUCAAUAAAAUAUUUGUGUAUUUUAAGAAUUAGAAGCAAAGAGUUUCAUUUUGUCUCAUGUUAAGGUAGUUCAAAAAAAUUAAUUCAUUCUGCUGUUUAAGCAAUUGCAAAGAUAAAUGAAGUUUAAAAAAUUAAUAUAAAUUGUGAUUUGUAACCAUAAUUUUUUUACUUAGAUAUUUUAUUUAGGAUAAUUUACAGGUACAAUUCUACAUGUUGACUGACACUUGUAUUUAUUGUUCUAAAUGCUUGCUUGUACUUGAUUACCUUAUUUGAUAUUUUAUAAAAUUCUUAA